AUGUUAUUUAAAUGGAAUAAUCUAUAUGGUUAUAAUUAUUAUUAGAAAUUUAUAGUCGCAUCUACAGCCCUUAGAAUCAGCACAUGCUUAAUUCUUUUAUUAGUGAUAACAAUGGUUGAGAAUUGUCUCCUCAAACAUAAACCAUAAAUACAUUCAAAAAAAAAUAAUUUUAUUUAGGUACAUUAAUAUUUCGGCUUUUAUUUAAAUCUUUCGAUUAACCAUUAUUCCUUUUUUCUAAUAAUAACUCUGUGCCAAUUUUAUAAAAACGACAAUACAUAUAGUAUAUUUAAAAUUGAAUAUGAUUUAAAGUCUUUUAUUUAUUUUUUUAAAUCAUAUAAAUUUAUUACUAAUAAAUUUUUAAUUCAAUUUAAAUAAAUUAUGAAUAAAAAAUUAUAAUGA